CAACCCCGCGGUGCCCCCUUCCAGCCUCCCACCAGGGGUCGUCUCUCUCUCCUCCGAGCCGACCUGUGCGCUCCACAGUCGGGCUGCUGUCAACCCGCCCGCCAGAAGGAUGUUUUCAGGCCGGAGGACACUGCGGGCUCGGUGAUGUUUCCAGCAGACAUGGAUCCCUCGCUGUAGCGCUACCAUGGUUCCGCUCCUUGCCCGGCUGGCUUGCGUGUGGAUCUGCGCCGCCGCCGCCGCGCCGGACGUAGACGAGAAGGACCCGAGAUGGCACGCGUUCGCAGCGGGGAAAAGCGCCGCGACUUCCCGGGCGCUGCCGCCGGACGCGCCGAGUUUGGUGCGUAAAAGCGCGCGUCGGCAUCCGAGACUUCACCUCCCGUUCUCGGUCAUGUCGCAGGAACAAGACGUGAACGCCAGCGAGUACGACGAGGACUACGCGCCGCCCGGCUUCACCGACGAGCCGCCCUUCGUCCCGGGGACGCCUCGCAGCAGACUCCGGCCGGUGAGGAACCCUUUCUACCCGCUGAGCGCCGAGGCGUACGGAGCCUACGCGCUGCUGGUGUCCGCCGUGGUGAUCUUCUGCGCGGGCGUCCUGGGCAACAUGUCGCUGAUGUGCAUGGUGUGUCACAACUACUCCAUGAGGAACAUCUCGCACUCCCUGCUGGCCAACAUGGCGCUCUGGGACUUCAUGGUCCUCUUCUUCUGCCUGCCUCUGGUCGUCUUCCACGGCCUCAGCAAAGACUGGCUGCUGGGGGACUUGUCCUGCAAGGUCAUCCCCUACCUGGAGGUGGCGUCCCUCGGGGUCACGACCUUCACGCUGUGCGCCCUGUGCAUCGACCGCUUCCGCGCCGCCACCAACGUGCGCACGUACUACGAGAUGACGGACAACUGGGCGUCCACCGCCGCCAAGCUGGCCGUCAUCUGGGUGGGCGCCAUGCUGUUGGCGCUGCCCGAGCUGCUGAUCCGCCAGCUGGAGACGGAGGCGGAGGAGCCGGCGCAGUCUGCGGCACCGCUGGAGCGCUGCGUGGUGCGCGUGUCCACGCGUCUGCCGGACACGCUGUACGUGCUGGGCCUGACGUACGCCGGCGCCCGUCUCUGGUGGUUCUUCGGCUGCUACUUCUGCCUGCCCACGCUCUUCACCAUCUGCAGCUCGCUGGCCACCGCCCACAAAAUCCGCGGCGCCGAGCGGGAGUGCGGGCGCGGCACCAAGAAGCAGAUCCGCCUGGAGAGCCAGAUGAACUGCACGGUGGUGGCGCUGGCCAUCCUCUACGGCUUCUGCACCAUCCCGGAGAACGUGUGCAACAUCGUGGGCGCCUACAUGGCGGCCGGCGUGCCCCGCGGCACCCUGGACGUCCUGCAACUGCUGAGUCAGCUUCUUCUCUUCUGCAAGUCAGCCGCCGCGCCGCUUUUGAUCUUCUGCCUGUGCCGCCCCUUCGGCCGCGCCUUCCUCGACUGCUGCUGCUGCUGCUUCGUCGAGUGCGAGCGCGAGGCGUCUACGGACGCCGACCCCACCCACGACCAGCUGGAGCUGUCCGCCUGUGACGCCGCCGCCGCCACCACCGCCGGGGAGGCGUCCAUCACCUGCUGAGGAGGCGGGACCUUUUUUUUUUUUGCUACCGUAGCUCGUCACUUCACGCUAGAACAUUCUGACUUCUUUUUAAAGCAGGGGUGCCCAAACCUUUUCCACCGAGGGCCACAUACUGACAAGGCAAAGGAUGUGCCGGCCAUUUUUGUAGUUUUUACCAUCAAAAACAAACAUUUGUUUCAAAGAACCAGAAAACGCAAUUUAGGUAGGAAUUUCCUGUGAAUACUGACAAGUCAAAGCCCAAAUUAAAUGCUAACAGUUAGCACCAUUGACAUCUUAUAAGUAGACGCAGCAUUGGCUGCUGUGACGCGAGAAAUUGGGCCACCAUCUUGAAGUGGUGAUGAGGAGCCGGCGAGCAGCAUUUUAACAUGCUAUAUUUUUUAAAUGGAUAACUGUUACAUGUAUAUCACUUUGUACCUGAAAAAUUAAUUUAAAAUGCUAUCACGCUAUUGCAUCAAGUACCAAAAUAUGAUUGAGGUGUAUACCUGCAAAAUUAUCUAAAAAAUGUUUUUUAAAAGAGCUAGCAUGCUAAUGUUAGCAUGCUAAUAAGUAUCAUUCGUCAAGUAACAAAAUACAUGAAACUAAGGUGUAUUUCUGAUAAAUUGCUCCAAAAAAUAUCUAACCCGCUAAUGCCAGCAUGCUAAAAUGCUAACUAUAACAUGCGUCAAGUACCAAAAUACAUACAAAAUACAAAUGCUAGCAUGCAUCAAAUGAUCACUGAGGUGUUUACUGAACCUACUAAAUUAGCUAUAAAAGGCUAGCAUACUAACAUUAGCAUGCAAAAAGGUCAAGAAACAAAAGUAUUUGACGAUAAAGUUCAUACCUAUAAAAAAAAGCUAGCAUGCUAAUAUUAAAAUGCUAACGAUUGUGCCGCACUUUGGACACCCCUGGUUUAACGUAAACUACAAGACGCUGACGUAGAGCUGUAACUAUGGCGACCGGACGGGAGCCGUAACUAUGGCGACUGGACGGGACAAGACAAGCGGGGACGUCAAAGGUUUUGACUUUUCAGGACGUCCUUACGCUCACUUGACCACCACUUCCUGUCAUGUGACUGAACAAGGACCCUACCAUGGUGACCUGGGUGGCGCCCCCUAUGGCCUGGACCAGAGAAUGUCGACUGGUUUUUGAUGAGUCCAGUAUUUUUACACGGCUCUUUGAAGUAGUCACGUUCUAAUAUUAUUGGUCGAUAGAUUUUUUUUAAAUUUUAUUCUCUAUGUUUUUACUUUUUUUAUGGAGGUUAAUUUGUGUUUUUAUUUUUUACAUCAACUUAUGCUGACAAUUUCAUUCAAUACUCAUUUGUGGGCAACAUUUCUGUUCAAAAAUAACGGUCGAAAUACAGUCUUUUGACAUUUAGUGCAAAAUAAUUGUUUAUGAAAAUCCAGUGCAAAAAAAUUCACCGUAUAAAAAUUUGGAUAAAACAUUGAGUGUACAAAAAAAAUAUUAGUAUAAAACUUCUGGGCAAAGAAAUUCAGCGUAUAAAAAUGCUAAGCUAACAUAAUUUAGUAAAAAAAAAACAAUUCAGCGUAAAAAAUAUUCAGUUAGUAAAAAUUUAUUUUAUUAAAAAUUAGCGUAAAAAUCCUUCAAUGUAUAAAAAUUUGGCGCAAAAAAAAUCCUGUGUAAAAAAAAAAUUACUGUAUAAAAAUUCAGUGCAAAAUAAUUCAGUGUAAAAAAAGUUCAGUGUGUAAAAAUACAUUGUACGAAAAUUCAGGGUAAAACUUUCAGUACAAAAAGAAUCAGUGUCUAAAUAUUCAGUGUAAAAUUUUCAGUCAAUAAAAUUAGUUGUAAAAAAAAUAGUUCAAAAUUCAGUGUAUAAAAUAAGUGCAACAAAAGUAUGUGGUAAAAAAUGUAAUGUAUGAAGAUUUAGUGCAAAAAAAUGUGAUGUAUGAAAAUUCACUGCAAAAAAAUUCUAAGUAUAAAAAAAUCAAGCGUAAAAAAGGUCAGUGCAAAAAAAAUUCAGUAUAAAAAAAUUAAGUGCAAAAAAAAAUUCAGUCUAUAAAAAUUAACAGUAUAAAAUUAGGUGUAAACUAAUGUUCUAAAUUUAGUGCAAAAAAUAGUGUAAAAGAAAUGUAAUUUAUGAAAAUCCAGUGCAAAAAAAUGUAAGUAUAAAGAUCCAGCGUAAAAAAGGUCAGUGCAAAAAUAAUUCUGUCUAUAAAAAUUAACUGUAUAAAAUUCAGAGUAUAAAAUUUAGUGCAAAAAAUUGUGUUAAAAAAAAUGCAAUGUAUGAAAAUUCUGUGCAAAAAAACUGAAAGUACAAAAAUCCAGUGUAAAACAGGUCAGUGCAAAAAUAAAUUAUGUCUCUAAAAAAUAACUAUAAAAUUAGAUGUAAAAAAAUGUUUUAAAUUCAGAGUAUACAAUUUAGUGUAAAAAUAAUUGUUAAAAAUUUUUUUGGGUAUGAAAAUUCCGUGCAAAAAAAUUUUAAGUACAAAAAUACAGCGUAAAAAGGUCAGUGCGAAAAAAAUCAGUCUAUAAAAAUUAACAGUAUAAAAUUAGGUGUACAUUUUUUUUUUUCAAAAUUCAGUGUAUAAAAUUUAGUGCUCAAAAAUUGUGUAAAAAAAAAAAAUUAAAGUACAAAAAUCCAGCAUAAAAAGGGUCAGUGCAAAACAAAUGGGGUUAUAAAAUUUCAGUACAAAAUAAUUCACUAAAACAUUCAGUGAAAACCAAAAAAUCAGUCUAAAAUAAUUCAGUAUAUAGAAAUUCAGUGUUUAAAAAUGCAAUGCAAAAAAUGUUAAUGCAAAAUAAGCCCAUCCAUCCAUUUUUACCGCUUGUCCCUGCUGGAGCCUAUCCCAGGUGCAUUGGGGCGGAAGGCGGGGUAGACCCUGGACAAGGAACCAACACAGACAGACAACAUUCAGUGUAUAAAAAUUAAAUGUACAAAAAAAAAUCAGUGUAAAAAAAGCUCAGUGCUGAAAUAUUUGUUGCUGAUUGGCUGCUUCUCAGGAUCGAUUGCUUUGGUCUUACUUUACCGGAAGUGAAUAUUUUUAGACACUGAGUUUUGAACAAACUGAAACGCACAUUUUGUUGUAAGUUUAACUUUAAAAAACAUUCAGUGUCAAGAAACAUCCCUCCUGUUAAAAACACAAACGAACCUCCAUUUUGUUUUCAUGAAAAAAGUAUUUUUAUGAUAUUAGUGAGCAGACGACGCCAUGUUUUGUAGUCAUGUGACUCUUUAGCAGAGCCCCGCCCACUGGUCACGUGACACUUUUUAGCCACUUGAGUAAUAAAAAAUGUUUGUUGGAAUGUUGCGAAGACAAACAAAAGGCAAAGUUCGUGUUUCUUUGUGCAGCAUAAACUGGACGUCUUUAAAGACGGUCUGCUGGGGUAAGAAAUGUAUUUUUUGUUUUGUGCUGAGUCACUUGCUGCCUCUUUUUGUUGUCCUUUCAGUUGGCUCCGCCCACCAGGCGGCGGCGGACACAGCGCGCCAUUGUCAUCCCGUCAAGGAGCCCACAGUACUGACGCUACUUUAUAUGCACUCUGUCAUGCUAAUAACAUCACGUGACUCAUUGAAGGGAAGCAUGUUACAUUUUACACGUCAUGAAGGCCAUGGUUGUUGUCUGCGUGCUGCCGGCCCCUAACGCUGCCCCAGCAAUUAGACGGGCCCAUUCAUUGGCACACAAUGGAGGGCGUGUACGCCAAGUGAUGACCGCGUCCCGGCAGUCGGACGUCCUCGCACGUGACCCCGGUCCACUUCCUCUUC